UUCUUCGUCUCUGAAGCUCGAGGACUCAGCCAUGGCGGAUCCGCGGACAAUAGGGAGGAAUAGUGCACAACGCCUAUCUAUAAGUCUGGAUCUGAAUCAAAGUGUACAUAGCGCAAGAGUGAGUGGUGUGGACAGCACCGGCAGAGCAAAGCCACAUCGGACGAACACGGAAGGUGUUGUCUGCACUGUUCAUGUAGAACAGAUGGGGGUGCAAUGUAUACAAGGUGUCGAAGGAUUAAGAGGUUCUCGUGCACUUGUGUCUGGAGAUUUGGACGCAUCGACGCCUCGGAUGAGUUGUUUCCCGGCGUUAAAGCAAAAGGUGAAAUCAAUGGACCUUAACCGGGAGGCGAGCAAUGGGGAGAGUAUGAGGACUAGUGCUAUAGGUGGUACAUAUCUUUGGGAUGAGGCUUCCAGUACUAUGUCAAGCCACGCAAGUCAUGCAAUUGAAUUAGGUGGAUUUGGUUGCAGCAUUGAGGAUGGUAGCACGCUCAGGGCCCUUCUCGAGGACGAUGCAGUGUCCGUGAGCCAAAAUAGUACUACUAUGGGUAAAUCAAGGAUGCAUGAGGUGUUCGGUCAAACUGAAAAUGAUGACGCAGCUAAUGUAAGAGAAAGGUUGGAUUGGAGAAACAACAUUGAUCUGAACAUCUUGCCUACGCAAAGCAUGUUGCUUCCUGAUGCAGAGGACAAGACGAAUGAAGAACAGAGUGUUGUUGGAGAAUCAAUUAUACAAGUUAGUGCAACAGCUGAUGCUACUGUUGGAUGGAAGAGAAGGAACAUUAUAACCAGUGGACCUAAUUGCAUAGAAGAUAGAAUUGGUAGAGUGAGUGUACUGCAACAGGCAUUGAUGAAAUUUGCAGAUAGGACCACAGAUUGCAUUAUUAAUCCUGAAGUAGGGAUGGAAUUUGAUGAUCUCCAUGAGGCAUGUGAGUACUACAAUCUUUACUCAUGGGAGUGUGGUUUUGGAAUACGGAAAGGAAAGAAGCGGUACUCGAAUAACCGGGCAAAUAGGAAACUACCCGAUGAUGAAAGAUACCAGCUUGGACAAGAAUUCAAUUGCAGCUGCGGUGGGAAACCAGGAGAUAAUUUGAAGACAACUUCUAGUCGUACCCAAUGCCCAGCAAUGCUGAGACUUAGCAGAACAGGUAACCAUGGUUGGGUUGUUGUCGCGCAUAUUACUGAACAUAACCAUGAGCUGUCCAACUCUUAUGGUGAAAAAAAAACAGUGGCCAUCACAUUAUCACUUGGACAAGUAUACCAAAGAUUUGGUUAGGAUGUUGAGAGAAAACAAUGUUGGAAUAACUAAGUUGUAUAGUAUAUUGGGUAAUUUCUUUGGUUCUAUGGAAAAGGUGCCAACCACAAAACGAUCAUUGAAGAAUUUGUGUUAAAAGAUUAAUCGUGAGCAAGCUGAGGGUGAAAUUAAGAAAACGUUAGAUCUAUUUAGUCAGUUAAGGAAGUCAGAUCCAGGUUUCAUGUAUAGUGUGGAAACUGGGGAGGAUGGUAGAAUCAAAACUCUGAUAUGGACAAAUGGGCGCAGCAGGAUGUAGUAUGAGCACUUUGGAGAUGUAAUAACAUUUGACACCACUUACAAGAUGAAUCUGUACGAAAUGCCAUUUGGGCUGUUUGUAGGAGUCAACAAUCAUUUUCAA